AUGGGGCUGGAGGCCUGGAGCGCCCAUCGCCGCCUGCGCAACCACAAGAGAGGGCUCUUCCUGCUGAACGGGCCGUCGUGGCGCUCGGACCGCCUGGCUCUGAACCCGGCGCUGCUGAGCCCCACGGGCGCGCGCCGCUUCCUGCCCCACCUGGACGCCGUCGCCAGGGACUUCGCGGCCGCCCUGGGGCAGCGCCUGCGGCAGAGCCCGAGCGGGGCCCUCACCAUCGACCCCCACCCCCUGCUCUUCCGCUUCACGCUCGAGGCCAGCAGCUACGCCCUCUAUGGGGAGCGCCUGGGGCUGCUGGGGGGCGGCGAGGCCCCGGGGGGGGCCCAGCGCUUCCUGGGGGCGCUGGAGGCGAUGCUGAGGACCACCCCCCCCCUGCUCUUCCUGCCCCCCAUCGUCCUGCGCCUCCUGCCCCCCCCCCUAUGGCAGGAGCACCUCAGGGCGUGGGACGUCAUCUUCCAGCACGCGGACGAGAGCAUCCAACGCAUUUACCGCGCCUUCUGCCGGGGGGGGGCGGGGCUCGGGCCCGAGGGGGCGGGGCCUGGGGGGGGCUCCGGGGGGGGGCUCCUGGCUCAGCUCCUGCUCCAGGCCCGGCUCCCGCUGGACUCCAUCAAAGCGAACGUGACGGAGUUCACGGCGGGGGGGGUGGACACGACCGCCGUCCCGCUCCUGUUCACCCUCUUCGAGCUGGGCCGGAACCCGCGGGUGCAGCGGGCGCUGAGGGAGGAGCUGCGCGCGGCGGGGGCGGGGCCGAGCCUCGAGGGGGCGGGGCCAAGGCCCGAGGGGGCGGGGCCGGCGCCCCCUGACCCCCAGGCGCUGCUCGGGAGCCUCCCCCUGCUGAAAGCGGCCAUCAAAGAGACCCUGAGGCUGUACCCGGUGGGGGUCACGGUGCAGCGGUACCCGGCCACGGACGUGGUGCUCCACAAGUACCGGGUGCCCGCGGGGACCCUGUGCCAGGUGUCCCUGUACGCUAUGGGGCGCAGCCCGGACGUGUUCCCCCAGCCCCAUCGCUACGACCCAUGGCGUUGGGUGGCCAAUGGGGACAAGAGCUUCAAGGCGCUGGCGUUCGGGUUCGGGGCCCGGCAGUGCAUCGGCCGGCGCCUGGCCGAGGCCGAGAUGAUGCUGUUCCUCAUCCACGUCUUGCGCAACUUCAGCAUCGAGGCUGUGUCCACCCAGGACAUCCCCACCGUGUUCCGCUUCAUCCUCAUGCCGGAGACGUCGCCGCUCCUCACCUUCCGCAUCCUGGACUGAGCCGGGGCCAUGCAGAUCAUAUGCAAAUCACAUGCAAAGCGCAUGC